CACAGAGAAAGGAUGCCUAGAGGAGCUAAGCAUAGAGCAUGGAACGGAAGACGGCUUCUGACGGUGGCGGCCAGAAGCGGAAGGGCCCUUCCGGAAAUGAUGUAGGAAGCAGCUGGUAGGAGGGCGCUUGGCAGUGACAGGAUGCCACGAUGGAGGGUGUGGUUCUCCCUGACAGCAUCCUUUUUGAGAUAUUCCUGUACUUGGACUACUCAGACGUCCUCUCAGCGGGGCUCGUGUGCCAGCAGUGGCAUGCAGUGGCUCAGGACGAAGUCCUCUGGAAGGACCUUUUCUACAGAUACUAUCCAGUAGCCCGGGACGUCCCACGACACCCAGCUGCCACUUCCUGGUAUGGCGAGUUCCAGCGGCUGUCCGAUACCAUCCCCUGCGUGGAAGUUCAGACGUUGGCAGAGCACAGCGACCAAGUCCUCCACCUCAGCUUCUCCCACAAUGGCUACCUGCUGGCCUCCUGCUCCAAGGACUGUACUGUUAAGAUCUGGAACAAUGGCCUCCCUCUCUCCCUGCUCCACAGCACCAGCAUGAAGAAGUACAACUGGAAGUACACCCAGUUCUCCCAGUUCAACGCAGACGAUUCCCUCCUCCUUGUCUCCGGGGUCUUCAUGGGGCCCCGCACUACUUCCUCAGGCGAGAUCGCUGUCAUCGACCUGGAAAACUUUGCCCUCCUGUCCCGGGUUUGCAACAAGCCCUAUGACGUGUUUGGCUGCUGGCUGAACGAGACCCACCUGAUCUCUGGGAAUCUACACCGUAUGGGGAACUACACCUCCUGCUCUGUGCUGUGGCUGAACAACGCCUUCCAGGUGGGCGUGGGGGGGGGUGCUGCCCGCUAGGGCUGGGCAAGAUAUCGUCCAAAACAUCCAUAUUGUGAUAUCGGUUUCAUGAUUUCUGACGUGGCAAUAUAGAUUGCCAGUCAUGGUGUGUGUUUGUGUGUGUGCGCGCGCAAAAAAACACAAUGUGGGGAAAACUGUGAAGCCAGCCAAUGCCUCUCUGUAGCUCCACCCUUAUUUCAGGCAUCGUGAUAUAUCGGUGUAUUGAAAUGAUUAGCUGGUGAUCCAUCGCAAUGUAGAAAACCAAAUAGUGCCCAGCUGUACUGCCCGGGUGCCAGGGACUGUUGGCUUUUGCAGGGAAAGGGAACCAGCUUCCUCACCAGCCCUCUGUACAGUAGUGGGAAUCCGAGUGUAUGCUUUGAUAGGCAGCAGAGAGAUGCAAAAAUGAGUGCAGGCAAUAUGAAGUGUGUUGGGGCAGGGAAAAUUCAGCCUUGAGCAGGCCUGAUGGAGAGGAGGGGCCCUGUUUUUCUUGCCGAAUCAGGCACCCAGCUCUGAGAGCAUGACUUACGGUAAUUUCUAUGUACAGUGGUGCCUCGCUAGACGAAAUUAAUUCGUUCCACGGGUCUUUUCUUAUAGCGAAAAAUUCAUCUAGCG